GGGCGGCGCGGGGCAGGGCGGGAGCCGUUGCGUUGGCCACGGCCGUAAACAGCGCGGCAUGAGCGGAGCGGGCCGAGCAUCGGGCCCGGAGGGUUCUCCGUCCCACAGCCGGCAGCUCCGCGGCCUCAUGCGGAGCCUCCGAGACAGUGAAACCAGAAGGCUACAAUUGGAAAGGAAGCUGAUGGAAUAUAAGAGUUCCGAUGCAUACCUAAUGAAACUAAAAUAUGUGAAGCUGAAAAAGUACUUGGAAGAAGUAAAUGAUCGACAAAAAAGAGCUCUUCUACGAAAUCAGAUGUUCUUAAAUGAAUUCAACGAGUUUGAAGCUCGCGUGAAAGCUUCCAGUUCAAAGCUGAUUGAGAAGAUGGUACGGUAUGGAGGAGAAAUUAAAAGUGGGCUGUCGUUUCAAGAGGGUGACUUGACACACGGUGACAAGGAAGAAGGAUGCAAUGAGCAGAUGCCACAGGCUGCAAGGCAGGCAGGAAUUCAUGUCAAGACAGCUGUGUCCAGAAGGUUGCAUCAUCCGGUGCCAUUCUUCACAGGCCGCUGCAUGUCUGCCUGCAGUGUGCAGCAGGAACCCCCGCAGCCUGCUGCCUGCCCCAGCAGACUGACAACCUUGCGUGGUGAUGAUACAGACAGGCAUCCCACACAAUUUGGUGGUGACACGGAGCGUGACAAUAAGCCUGAUGAGCAAGGUGGCAAGUUGGGCCUCCCCAUGGAGGAGAUGCCCAUCAGAGACAGCAGCUUGCACAGCAGUCUUCUGAAUUUUAAAGAAGACAAAAAUUCCAGUGAACUCUGCUCAGCAUUACCCAAUGGAGGACGUGUGCAGAGCAGCACUGCUGACUUAGCAAGUGAUACAUCAGUGGAGGAGGUGAUGACCCACAAGCACCUGGUAACAAGUGCAAAAGAAGUCUGUGAGCACCCUGUCCUCUUGGCACCUGCCCCUGAGCCCAGCAUCUCUGGACCCCAAUAUAACCUGAACACCCAGCAGGCAGCCAGCCAGGAUGACAGCAGCAGCAGUACCCACCCAGCAGAGAGCUCCUCUUUGCAGCUACCCAGCUGCUGUACGGCAGAGGAUGAGCCCUUGGGCAGCUCAGUGUCUGAUGGCUUCUGCAGCCUGGAUGGGAGUCUGAAGGAAGACCUGGAGACCAGUGACCUCUGUGAGCUCCCCAGGGCCAAGGCAGGACAGCAGUCAGAUGUGGCCACACUGAAACAUGAGCACCUGUGCACUGAGGAGCUGGCAGCUGCGUUACACAGCACGCUGGAUUCGGGUGAGGAGGCACCAGGAAGCCAGGCUCCACCGCUGCUGAGAGAGGUCCUUGCAGAAGAGUGUGGAGAUAGGUCAUCUGUUCAGAGUAAUGAAUCAUCUUACAGCUUGCCAUCGAUCCCAAAUGACGGCAGGGAAAUGGAGCAGGCAAAACAUGUUCCGUGGCUCGACGGCAUAGGAAAACAAGAAGUCACAAGCUGGUGUGAAGAUGAGAGCGGGGAAGAAAGCGUGGUAGGAAAGAUUCCUAUUACAGCAGGUUGUGUUAUUGGAAAUAAUGGUUCCGAAGUGAAAGAAAGCCAAGAAAUGUGCUCCGAAAGGAGUUCAUCCAGUGAAAGAAGCGGUGACCUCUCAAGGACUUGUUUGCUCUGUCUGGCUUCCAAAUAAUCUGAAGAUUAAAGCUGCGUUACUGACCGAGAAGCAAAUGAAAAAUGUAAUUUGUCAGGACGUAAACGUGGUGUAAAGUAUUUUCAACUUUGAUUAAUCUGCGUUCUGGAAGUAAUCCAGCCCCGUCCCCUGAGGCUGUUUUUUUUUUAGUCAAAAGCUGCCUCUAACAAACUCAGAUUUAAUGAGAUGUAAAUAAAAGUUUUGGGAUUGUAAUUUAUCCUCUUAAUUAUUCUCGGAGGAAAUAUUUAAUAAUCAACUGGCUAUAACUAAUGGGAUGCUUGGCUCGCCGUGCAGAGCAGCAGGUUGGCCAUCAGGGGGCACUCAGACUUUGCUGAUGUAGGAGCUCUCCAAUUCGUUUUGCAUCUUCGACCUGGUGUUGUUAUUGCUAUCAUUUUAAAUCUCGAUGGUGUUUUGUGGGACUUGUGAGGCAGAAUGGCUGUUUAGGCUGCAGCUCUGACAAGAGAUGCCAAAGCUUCAGGGUCAGGAUUUUCCAGGGUGUGCAUUAAGCAGGACAAGGGAACUGCCAUUGAGAGCAAUGAAAGCUAGAGAACGCAAGGCAGAGUGGGGUGCUGCAGCCAGUGUCCUGCGCCUUUAGAGCCACGUGUGUGUAGGUAGGAUACAACCCUGCCUGAUGGUUGUAUCCUUCUGCAGUGCUUCAGUUAUCAAAUCACCUCUCACAGAGGUGGGCUGUAAUUCAGGGAUGUUUUUCUACAAGUCCUGCAGCUAUCACAUCUUGUCUCAAUCCUAAGAGCCCCCACCACAGGAGCAGUGAUGCUGUAGCAGCCAUGCUCCAGGGCCAUUAGCAAGGGUGGUAUGCAGGGAUCUUGCACUGUGAUGGAUCUUGGUCUGUUUCUUCAUCAGCAUGGUACACUGAAGCAGGGAGCGAUCUUAAAUGUAACUUGAUGUCAAUCUUUGUAUCCUACAGUAAGAGUGAUCAUGUGUAAUUACUUAAAUUCGGUGUUACCAUUUCAGUUCCUCAGCAAAUAAUGGCGUGAUGAAUAGAUAUAUUAGUGCAUUUCCAACUCUGCAACUUCACUGCGUUUCUGUGCUGCCCAUAUUCUAGUAAACUUAUCAGCAGAAAAUGAUGGUGCCAUCAGAGCUGUCCUGCAGCUCACAGCAAAGUGUAUUUAUCACACAGAGUCACGCUGAGCUGCGACUGUCACAUCAGAAGCACCGGCACCGAGUAGCCUGCCUUGAUACUCCUAAAAGGCUUUUAGAUGUUUCCAGAAAACGAUUUUUAAAGAUAAAUCUGCAGCUUUGCAUCCUCACGUGUCAUUGGGGAGAAGCUUCGUUCACUGAGGGUUAUGAAGCACUGCCCUGUGAAAUAUAAAUGCUCUGUUUGUUUUCUGGUGCCUUAGCACUGCUUUCAUGCAGAAGAGACGCACAGCCUUGAAACCUCUGGCAAUAUCAGACACAGUGUCGGUGUUCCUGAAGCCCCCACGUUUCUCAGUUUGUUUGUCUUUCUGAUGAAACUUGACAUUGUUUUGUUUUUCUUGAUGCUUGGGAGGUGGGUGGUUUUUACUAUUUGCUAUUUGGGUCACGUUGUGGGUGUGAGCUGUGUGGGUUUGAGGUUUUUGUCCUUUUUUUUAAGGUAUUUGGGUGUCCUUUUUAUUUAUCUUUUGUUCGUUUUUUUUGUUACUGAAACACUGAAGUUCAACAAAAGUGCUGUGGCACAACGAUACCCAGACUAGAGGAAACAUUUUCUCUUGAUUUUCCCCUGUGCCACAUCUAUUAACUCGCCCUUUUUUGCUGUCCUAGUUUUCCUUUCCUCUUAAUAUUAAUUUUCCUUACAGAGGGGGUCAAAAAAGAUAUUUUCUUGGAGCUUUUUCAUUUCUUAUUGUUGCAGAAUCUUUAGCACACACACAUACACAAAAAAGCCUAUUUCAACAGAGUAAAGGAGAGAUUAAAAGGCCCUUUGAUGUUAAACCGGUUUGGGUUAUUUCUUUGUUAGAGCCUGGGUUGAGUUUGGCAUUAUUUUAGGGAAGAAGCAAAUGUGUAAAUGGAUAUCGAAGGGUCACUACAGGGGAUUAGUCAAGGCAGGGAAACUGGCCUUACUUCAUUUAUAGCCCUAAAAUUUCUCCUUGGAGGUCUGUGUGGUUAUUGUGCCCUCUGUGUAACAGACGAUAACUUUCACGAUUGAAUUUCCUGACUUCUCAAUAUGGGUGUUUUGCAAUGUAAAGGUUGUCUUGCAUCUCGACUAACACUUCAGACAUAAUUCAAGAAUUUUAUUCCCUGUGACAAAGCUAUCUUGCACUAUUUCAGUCUUGGUUUGACUGAGUUGCUAUUUCCGCCCUGGCCUUUCAGUUAUCCUGGUGCCAUUUUCUGUAUCCCCUCUAGCAUUUCUCUGUAUGCCACCAGCUCCCAUGCCAAACUGUUUCCUGGCAUCUCCUUUCUCUGCCUGAUCUGUGGCACUGAUACCUUGCUCUUGUCAUGUGGGCUGCUUUGGUAGUGAAUUCUGGCUUUUUGGUAGAACAUGAGCUUCUGUCUUUGCCCCCCCUUUUGUCAGCACUGGCGGUUUUCUUCAUGGGAAGGAUGGGGAAAGGUUUUUCGAUAUUUAGAAUCUUAGAAUCACAGAAUGACUUGUAUUGGAAGGGACCUGAAGGGCCAUCCAGCUCCAGUUCAUUUGCUGUAGGCAGAGUUGCCACCCACUAGACCAGGCUGCUUCAUCUUUUGGCCAUGGUGGUCCUUGCCCACAACAACUUCUCGGUGAGGCCUUCAGGCGGUUCUGGAGCAGUUGGAGGCUGUGGGUGCUCUUCCACUGCUCAUCCUGUGGUCCUGCUAUUGCAUGGUGGUCCUCAGCUCAGCAGGUGCUUUGGAUCCACCUGAACAGCCCUCACAUGUCCAGUCAUGGCCUGAACCAAAGCGGAGAAAAGGGUCGCUUUGAGGCUGUAUGAUAAAGCCUUUCCACCUCCUUUCCCGACAGUGGAAGACAAAGCAGCAGGCAGUGUAAAUGGUAGCUGUCAGCCGUGUGAGCUUGUUUGAAUGAAAUACUUGAAGGCAAAAUGGUUCUUGUGCAGUCUGCCACGGAAGUCACCUCUCCAUCUGCAGCUCAGCAACAAGUGGUUUCUCACUCUACACCCCAGGGGAAAACUAUGUGGCUUGAUGGAGUUGCCUCCUCUUAAGCACAAGCUGUGGGCUGAGCUUGGGAUCCGUGGGGCACCUCCUGGGGAGUGCUGAGGGUCAGGCAAUCUCAACACAACGAGCAGGAGCUCAGCGUGGUUGGUGUGUUUGAGGCCUCAGCCUGGAGGACCUGACUUCUGCAGUGUGUUCAGCAAGCAUUUGGAGUGAGUGAAUUUGCAUCAGACGUUGGAGUGUAGUAGAGGGUGGGAUUUGACUGAAUAAAACCGAAAGGGAUUUGGAUGGCACGCUGACGACUGUCAGAUGCACUGUUUAAGGCUAACACAUUUUUGAGUUAAUUACUUAAAGAACAUAUUUCUAGUUAUGUUUGUACUUAACUAGAACUGCUAUUUGUUACUAGUACUUAAAUGUUCUUUUGGUAUCGUAGUUGAGCUAUGUUUAAUGUUCUACUUCUGGGAAUUUGUGUGUCCCUUUAGAGAAGCGACACUGGGGCUGAUGGCGUUCACAGCUUGUAGAAAAUGAAUACAACUAACAUGGGCUUCCUCUUAAAAGGAGAAAUUGCUGUUACAUAGGUAGCUGUAACGUAAUGAAACCUCCCCCUGCUUUAAGUUGAACUUUCCAGCUGUAAUCACAAGUGCUUAGUGAAUACGGUGGCGUGACACAAGCGAUGAAUCAUCCGCCUUUUUGUAUCUCCUUCACAAAUGCCUUCAUUGAUAGUAGUUAGAAUAGUUUUAACUCCCCGCUUCAAGUAAUUAUGUAUUAGCUGCCGUGUCUCUAAAUGAAAUGCAGCAAAUUGUGUGAAAUGUUGACAGCUGAUUGAGUUCUGACUGUAGUGACAGCUUCAAACUGCAGCUUGACAUUUGCUUAUAUGGGACUAGUUCACACAGUAAUGUCACAAAUAUCUCCUAUUUGAUCUUCCCUAUUAAAAUCAGCUGAAGCUUUAUUUUUAGAGCUUAUUGCAGGAUUGUUAAUAUAACAGUUAAUUCUCCUACAUCAUUGCCCCUAUAUGAUUAUUUCACAGCACCAACACAAUGCACACGCUACACACAAAAGAUCAAAAUGAUUCCAGCUUGUUUGAGAGAUUCAAAAGGGCCUGUGAUGCUCUAGACACAAGAGCAGUCAUUUAACAGAACAGAAUCGCAACUGCAUAUACAUCAAGGUAGAUCAAAGGCAGCUGGAAGAUUGCACAUUUACAUAGGGACGUGGGUGAUGCUAUGGGAACCCAGUAGCUGACUUGGAGGAGUGCGCUGGCAGGAUGGGAAAUAAGGAAGUUCAGUGAGCAUCAAUGGGGGGCGGGGGUUGCUUUUAUUUUUGUUUGGAUUUUUUUCUUUUACUUUCUUUGCAUAUCUGGAAGGCUGCAAAAGGUAGAUGAAGCUCUGAUGCUUUGUCCCUUUAAUUCACUACUGGUGUACAUCAGCAGUGCUAGCAAUGGCUGCUUCCAGAUCACACUGCCUGAACAUCUGGACCAAUGUCCCCGUUACAUGAUAAUUUCUCCACCUUUUAUAAUACAUAAAAGUGGGGAAAACAGAAACCAAGUACU